AGAUGAUAUACCACAUGGGUUAUUAACCUUUUGCUUUACCACUACAAACCUCUGAGGCAAUAUUUUGAAGAUCCCUAUAUCUUGUAUAUGUUGUUCGUCCUACGCAUGCGAAGAUGAUCAAAGCUAUAUUCAACGGUGAGCACGCAAUGGUCUAGCCAGUCUAAUUUGUGACCGGGAAGCGUUCCCGCACGUAGGACACGUGUUUUGGGGUCCUAGUUGUAUUUGAGUCGAUUCUGCUUGAUAUUCAUAGUUCAAGCCCAUAUUAUACAUAGCUCGUUUUAAUACAAUGGCACGGCUGUUGGGGGGGGGCGUCUAUCUCCCCUGAGUGGUUGAAACCAAACUCCUCCAUCCCCUAUGGACCUUGGUCAAAGUCAAUUCUGCAUGUUUUUGCUUGCAGUGUUUCAUACAAUUUCUUCGUUGGAGGGGAGUCGGAAGACCGAUUUGCCUCGGGAGACCCCUUUUUAUGGAGGGCAGCAAUUUCGGCUAUCUACAGAGUCUUUUUUCUCUUUUCGUGUAGGGGAGAUCCAAAAAUUCUUACCCUAGCUAGUGCAACUAUCAGAGCCAAGAUUUUGCAUAAUGACGACUAGGGCUAACUUAAACUCCGCCCCCUAGUUUGACUAAAAUAAAUUCAUUUCGUAUGAGACAACUCUUUUAUCCCUUGCUCCUUUCACUUAAACUUGUAAUGCAAUAUAGAUUAUCUUAAAGGAAGGGAUGCUGUCAUAAAUUUAAAAAAAACUUUUUUGCCGUUUUCCGCAAUUAUCAAUAUAGUUUUUGCCUACCCCAUGGUGUGCGAUUAAAAGAGAAUGAGAACCGCUGCCUUAUGGUAUGCUUUUGUUCCCAGCUAAGUGUUGGUAUUUUUUUUUUUUUAAUUUAAAAUGGUGCAGAGACUGUCAUUUUGAUUGGGGAAGUUACGACAUAAAUCGACCCCCAAGCGAAAGUGGGGAAUGGUCUGUUAACCCUUACAAAUACAUUUUUUUAAAAAAAUUCAAAAUCAAGUGGUGCAUUUUGGCAGCAUUCAGUUUUCUUUCCGAAAAUUUGAUCCAGGGAGGGGACAUUUCAGGAGCUUGGAGUUGGGGGGGGGGGCAGGAAAUGAAUCAGUGCACAAAUCAGCCAUUUAUGGCAUCCAGUGCCAUACAUAACCUGCAUUCAUUCCAGCUGUGGCACAACACAGCCAGAGGGUUUCUUUCAGGCAUACCUCGGGGGGUGUGGGGUGGGGGGGCACUACAUCUAAGAGGCAAUUAGUAAUUUAUCUGAAAAAAAAAUAUUUUAAAAUUUCAAAUAAACUUUUUAAUCAACUGAAUAUUGGGAAAUUCAUACUUGAGUUUUAUACGAUUUCCUUCAUUUAAAAAUCACACAUUAAUAAAUUUAUAAUGUUAUUUUCUAAACAACUUAUGUUUUCUUUACAUAAUAAUCCCCUUCAUAAACGAUUUAGACCGUUUUGAUAACCCAUAAAAAUACAUAGUUUCUUUUCUUUUUGACCCUGUUUAGACUUUGAAAUAUUUAGAAAAUGUAAUUAUUAUAGAUAAGUUGUUUUUUUCGUUUUUUUUUUUUUUUUUUUUUUUUUUUUUUUUUUUUUUUUUUUUUUUGUUUGCGUUCAACAAGUAAAAAUGAUGCUCAUCAUGUCCCUUAGUCCUUGGACCGUUGGGGCGCCACAGAUGACAUGUGAACUAUCCUCCUCCAUUCGUCUCUGUCUUCUGCACUGCGCACAGCAUCGCCCAGUGUUAGUCCUGGCCACUCUUUGAUGUUAUCCUCCCAUCUUUUUUCUUUGUCUUCCUCUUCUUCUCCCUCCUCUUAUGGUGCCCUGCAAUAUUUCUUUGGCAAGCCCUUGUUUCCUUGUUACGUAGCCGUACCAUUGUAGUUUGCGUUUUUUCACAGUCACCAGUAGGUCAUCGUGCUCCCCAAUUGCCCGGCGAACCCUUUCCUUCUCGGUAUCAUUGGAGAUAUGGUCCCUAUAGCAGAUGCCAAAAAUGCUUCUGAAGCAUUUCAUCUCUAUCUCCUUUAUUUUCCUUUCAAGAUCGGCUGUUAAUGUCCAGGAUUCGCAGACAUACAGGAAAAUGGAGAGGACUAAUGAGCGCAUCAGCCUUAUUUUGGUGCUGGGGGCUAUAUUUGUGUCAUUCCAUAUUUUCUUGAGCCUCUUUAGUACUGUUGUAGUCUGUGCAAUCCUGGAUGUUAGCAUUGCCUUUUUGAGAUGGAAAACCUUUUUUUUGUUUUAUUUAAAUUUUUUUUUUUUAAUUCAUUUGUUUACUAUUUAUUUAACCCCCAAAAUGUUUAAAUACAAAACAAAAGCCACAUUACUAUUUAGUAAAAUAAAGAAGAUAUUUGCAAAACUUGAGCAGAGUCGUCGCUUGACCUUUCGAGGUCCCUUUUGCCACUUUUUGGUUUAGUCUCUUUCUUUCUUCCCCCCUCCCCCACAUGGCAUCCAAAGACAAUAAGUAAGAAAUAUCCUCAUCACAUCUUUAAGCCUCUAAAAUAUCCGAGGCCCACUGCAGUCAUAAGGGUUCUUCUUCUUCUGUAUAUUAAGGGCCCACAAUCAAUUUAUUGAUCAUUUUGGCUCCUAUGCAUGUAGAGGGGAUUUGCAAUGUUUCUGUGCCUGGUGUUGAUGAGGACAUUUCACUGACUGCAAAUGCCACUUUGUGAGGGAAUCAUGCACUGGGGGUUUGAAGGCAAUAGACACAAAUGAAUCUAGUGUUGUCACCUCAACUGUUGAAAGCUUGCUCCAGUGCCUGAUUGUCUUGGGCAGGAUGAGCAGCUCCUAUACUGGCUUCUUGCUGGUAUGAGCCUGAUUUGCCUGAAAUGGCCUCGUCACUGGGCUCACAUGAUGUUUCUAUGGUUAAUCAAAACCUAUAUUUUUUUAAAACUUGCAUCUCUUCUGUUGCUCUCCAAUUAAGUGUAGAAUUUUUCAAAACUAGAUUUAAAUUAUUUACUAAAAUACAUUCUUGUAUUUUGAAUUUAUCAAAAAAAUUCUGGGGACUAGUGUACCGGUAUACAAAUUUAAGAGGCGAUAAUAAGCAAGGGAAAAUGCAUAUCCCCAAGGGUGCUAUAACUGGAAUGAAUUGAGUUCGUGUCCCCCUGGUGCGAUGUUAAAAAUAUUUUUGAUCAUUAUUAUGGCUAAUUUUGGUGCUUCCCACGCGAAAGUUUGAAAUGUCACCUCAAAAUUACCCGAAAUAAACACUAAAUUCAAGUAUGCACCAAAAAUACACACCUGCAUUUUGAAUUUGCGUGACUGUCUUCGGCACCCUCAAUUUCUGUACCCCGUUCCCUCACGCUGAUCAGUGUUACAGUAUGACUUUGAACAUAAGCUUGGGCCACAUGAUUAUCCUUGGGCACGUCAAAACGGGGUGAAAUCAGUUUAUGUAUGGCACUGGCACCAAAUCCCUCCACGGACCCUUAAAAAUGUAAAUCCCCCUGAUCAAAAAGUCUAAUGGAAACAUUGAAUUCAAAUAUACUCCAAAAGGCACCUCUUGUUUUGAAAUACUUUUUUUUUAAAUGGGAGAAGGCUACCCAGUCCACUCUAACGCUCAAGAUUUAUCUUACUUAUAAGAUACUUAUGCCGUUUACCCGUCUGGGGAAUAGGCCAUCUACAAGAAUUUUCCAUUUAUCUAAGUCAUGUGCUUUCCUUUCCAAUAGCUUCAAGGUGUAUCCCAUACUUUGUGUGUCUGCCUCUAGCUCACGCCUCCAUGUCUUUUUAGGGCCUCCUCUCUUUCUUUUCUUUCCCAGUGGAUUUCAUGUUAGAGCUUGUCGGGUGAUGUUAUCUGGAGGUUUGCAGAUAGUAUGCCCUAUCCACCUCCAUCUUUUCCUUAUGAUAUCUUAACUAAUAGGAUCCUGGCAAGUCCAUUCUAGUAAGUCUAUGUAGAUGAUGGUAUUUUGCCAUUUGAUGUUGAUGAUCUUUCUAAGGCAAGUGUUUAUAAAGGUCUGUAAUUUAUGCGUAAUGCUUGCUGUUGUUCUCCAAGUUGGGUCUCCAUGGAGUAGGACUUCUGUGUUGAAAAUUCUUACUUUAGUUUGAAGAGUCAGCUCCUUUGACUCUCACGUUUCCUUUAACAGCACAAACGCUGACUUAGCCUUGCCAAUUCUAGCACUGAAAUCCGCUUCGGAUCCACCAUUUAUGUCAAUGGUGCUGCUGCUUAAGUAAGUGAACGCCUCCACUUAUUCUUCCAGUGCAAAUACUCAUGGUUGGCUGAGUUUAGCUUCAUGAUCUUUGUCUUGCAUUUACUUAUAUAAAUAAAACCAAGAUUCACAUGGGCCCUCAAUUUCUGCCCUACAUCCGGAUGAAAAUGAUCGCUAAUUUUGGUGACGAUAGAUAGUGGCGUAGCUAGUAUUAACGCCACCAUGGGCGGCCAAAUAUUUUUCACGAUACAAACUCUGCAUUUGUCCAAAAGGCCACACAUCCAUAUAACGAAAAAGUGACACCCGAAUGAACAAACUCAUACCUUAGCUACGCCUAUGGACACUGCCCUUUGGUAACUGGCACUUCCCCCCUACCCCCGAAAAUCUGACCCCCCCCGGGGGGGGGGGAGAAUUUCUGAAAGAAACACUGGCCACAGGGUAUUCUUUUGGAUUCUCAAAAUACAAGGGUGCAUUUUUGGGCAUAAUUUAAUUUAGUUUGACACCUUUCUACAAUUAAUCGGAGAGCAACACAAUUUAGGGGAACACUUGACCUUGUUGUAUUUAUACAAAUACUAUAUGUUAAGUUCAUACUAACUAGUAAUUUUGUUUUUAAACGUUUAUUUAAACUAUGUAUUUCGUUAAACAACAUAAUUCAUAAAUGAUUUUUUUUUUACAGCCGUCCGUCACCUAAAGCAACUAUAAUUUAUAAUAAUCACCUUUCCCAAAAUAAAUAAAAUACCAGCCAACCCUUUUUGGAGCCAUUAACUAGUCUAGCACCCGGGGUCGCCAUUGGGAUAAGGCGGCACUUUUUUCUUUAUUGUGAAAGGUGCGGAAAACAUCGUGCUCGAACCCCGGGCGACACUAACCGUAACAAUGCCACCGAGGCGAGGAAACCGACUUUAAUAUAAGGAUUAACUUAAUUACCAAUUUUUUGCUUUAUCUGGAAUCCUUACACUUUUCUAACCAUAUUUCUAUUUUACAUAUAAAUAAAUGUUAUCGUAAGGCUUUAUAUACUGUUUAAAACAAAAAAUUCAGAAAAUAAGAUUUUAAUUAUUUUGUUAAAAAUGCGAAUAUAUUUGGUAUACCCAUUCAUAAAAGCAUGAGUUCUAGAUGUAACAACAGCAACAAAAAAAAAAAAGGACCAUUUUGAAAAAUCAUUUAGGUACCUACUUGAAUAAACACCAGGCAACAGGAAAGAAAGUAAGAAGUAAUUGAUAAAUAUUAAUAUUUUAUUUGGGACGCUGAAGGCGGCUGAACUCCAAUGAUAACCAAAUUUGGUGCGCACACUGACAAGGGACACAGUCAUGUCAUGAGAGUGACAGAGAUCCCCUUAUUUACUUAGUUUAGUAACUUAGUAAGAGAAAAUUUCAAUAAUAUUAUUAAUAGUAAUAAUAAUAGUUAGUAAUUGGCAAUAGGUUAGACGAGCAGGGUUACCUAGUUAGUUAGUAAUUAAUAGGCUAGAGCAGGGUUACGUUGUUUGUAUUGUUAGUAGUAGUAAUAGUAAUAAUAGUCAUGAUAGUAUACUAUAUAUAUAUUAUAUAUAGAGUAAUAAUAGUCAUAGGCCAGAACAGGGUUUCUGAUACUGGUCUGCUGUUACUUAACUGUUACAUUACUUGUAGGAAGUGGACAGCACUGUGACUCACAGAGCGUCACGGCGAGCGGUUUUUGCUAGGCCGCAGCUAAGCUUACAAUUAAUUACAAGAUUUUCUGGAUGCCAAGUAUGGACUCGAAGGCUCACACUCACAGCUACCAGAGUUGGAGGCAUAGUGUGGGUGGGGUGUUGUGCUUUAUUUCCUUCUGUGCAUCAAUUUGUUACAAACUAUUGAGAUAAUUUUGCGGACCCAUGAAUAUCUUUAAAAAAAUCUCCAUUCUCAAUAAACAUAGUAAAACUGAGGAAAUGUUAGAUCAAAGUUACACUGGACAAUCAAAACAUCUCUCAGAUUGGUUAUUUUCAGCUGCGUUUUCUCAGGCAUCCAAAAGUUUUUUUAUGUGAGAGAAAGGCUUGCUCCACAGGUGCAUUUUUCAUUUGUGCCAGGAAGGCUGAAUGAAAACUCAAGCAGUAGUUGCAAAUUUACAGUGGUGACAUCAUUUGCUUUGACAUGUUGAACAUACAGUGGAUGAAAUAUUACUGUAAUACUGCUACUUCUGAGUACUAUUUAAGCGAUAUCUAGCGAGUUCAUUUGAGAAAAGACAUGGCAACAUUAUGACCAUAAUUCCUACAAAAUAUUGCGUGAUAUGUUAACAGCAUUCGAGAUAAUUAUUCCAUUUUUGGCCUGUCAGAAUUUCAGGAUGAUUAUUGUACAAUGUUUCGCAAGAUGGAGCUUUUACUAUUUAUUGCGCUGGCCUUUCCCGAGAAAUAAGAUAAGAUAAAUGAAAUAAGACAAGCAAGUCAUGGCUGCCAAAAGUACGGACUAGCGGACGACGAAUGGAAGUAUGGAUAAAUACGGACGCAAUAAUUAGUAUGGACAAGGGGGUGGAAAAUAAAAACUGUCAGUACUAAAUACAAACACCUGGUAACUAUUUUUUUGCACUUGAAAGUUGAAUCAUAUCCAAAGUCAAAGGCAAACACCCUCAUCUGUGGAAAAGUUGUCUGCCACAAAACCAGUCACUGGUUCAAAAAAAUAUCAAGGAACGUUUGGUUGGAGAACAAAAUAAUUGUAGCCUAUAGGAUAGUAAUAAUAGGCAGGCUUAGUUAUAAUUUAAUAGUCUUAAUUUAUAAAUUUCGUAAAAAUAAAUGCAUGAGACUAGCACUGACCACUCAUGUGAUAACCUCUAAACUGUUAGGCCUAUCCAUAAUGAGACAUACCUGGCGGAUUGAAGUCUAAGUCCAGCUUUAUAAUGGAUUAUCUAUAGAAAAUGAGAAAUCUGUUAAACUAAUUUGACUAAUGAAGGCUUUAUAAAAUAAAAGGCAUUUUAUUUAUUUAAUUCAUGUCACAGAUAAAAUGUAAAAAAAAAUUAUGUAAAAUUGUGCAUAUGCCUUUAAUAUAUUUUAAUCACGGGGCUCUGUUUUAUCGCUGCCUCCAGGUAUUUUCCAGGUUUUGAAUACCCUGCAUUUCCGGGUAAUAAUUUUUUUUGUUACUAAAUUAUUUACCUGUUAUUUCCCCAUUCAGGGAUGACUUAAAAACACAUUGUCAGUGUGGUUUUCAAAAUGCAAGCAUAUUCCGAUAAUUAUUCAUAAAUUUAAUUUUUUUCAUGAAUUUUGAUAAAGAAUUUGACAUUAAUACGAUUUCUUAUGCUGCAUAUCCUAUGAAUCGUUAGACUAUGUCUGCAACCCUCAGAUAAUUGUUUUGUUGCGUAACACUGAAAAUAAAAUUUUAAAUUAUUAGAUUAGAACAAAGUUAAUGAAGAAAUACAAAAAUAUAUAGGCUUCGUGGCUCCUCUGUUAUUAUAAAAACUCUUCCUAGCACCUCCUGAAAUGCCUCUUUAGGGGUCCGAGCAACCAAUGUUAGGAAACCCGGAUAUAGUAUAGACAUAGUGUCACAUAGUCAUAGACCACAAAUGUUUUUUUUGCUGUAGCUUUAUUUUUUUGUUCUAGUACAAUUCCUUAAAUGGUUGUUGUUUAGGAGCAUUGAAAAAGGAAGUAUUUGAAUAGUUAAAGCCAUAUAAAUAAUGAAAUAUGUUAAGUCUCUUUUUAAAAAAAAAAAGUUAAUAAACAUUUAAUAAACUACACUACAUUACAUUUGUACUAAAUUUAAAACCCUACAAACCGACUUUGCCCUAAUGAGACUUUAACAAAAAUGCUUACACAUGGAUAUAAUGAAAUGGGUCAUAAUUGAUAAAGUCUUGCACAAGUAAGCCUACUGUAAAACAUAGUCACAGCUUUCGCUGACUAAGUUUGACAAUUGAUAUUUAUAUUUUGAAAAUUUAAGUUGAUGUGUGAAAUAUAUUUUAUCAAUAAAAAACCAAUUCUAGAACAAAAAGAGAAAAAUAAGUAGAUUAAAAAAUUAAUGUGGAUUAGGUAACUGACUUGGAAUCAAGACUAAAUGCAGCUGUUAGUCCAUCUAUUUGCUCUCCCUAUCAUGGCAGUAAAUGAAACAGACUAAAUUAAAAUCGGUUCAAUUGCUUUACUACCUUGAUAAACUUAGCCACAUAUAUUUUUGAUUAUAUUUUGUAUAUAUGAGUAUUAUAUUUAAAACUUAAGGGAUCACACUAUCUCCUGUUUAAAUUAAAUGUGCUCUAAUGUUUUAAAUUUUUGUUAUUCUGCAUCAGGCAAUUAAGAAUCAUUGGCCAUCACAAUGUCGUCUCCACAUUCACGUCAUGUCGUAGAGUUUUCCUGGAAAAAGCUUUACAUGACACAAUGUGCAAGACAAGCAGUGCUGUCAUCUCUAAGAAUAGCAUUAAUCUUUGCACUGCUGUUUACUGAUAUGUAAGAAUUUUUUUUUUAAAUUGCAAAUUAUUGCAUUCAUAUAAUUUAUUUGUGUCUUUGGUUGUCCCUACUAAUAUUAAUAUUCUAUAGUCUAAAUACUGUAACUGGUGGCUAGCUAGAAGAUGUUAGGGUGGCAUUAAAAUUUUUCUAAGUUUUAAAGAGACCAACACACAUCACCUGAAGAGUACUAUUAAGGUUAUAAAAAGUUUCCAAAGUUGCAAACAUUUAUUUUAAUCACUGCCUAAAUGGACACUCAUAAGCCUUAAAGCUGAGAGACAAACCAAAAGAACAAAAAGAAAUACAUUAAAAUAAUUAUGAAAAGAGUAAGUCAUAUCAUAUCAAGCUUUUAAAGCCACACAUAAGUUUAAAAAAAAUUAUAGGCAGCAUCGCCGUGUUUUUGUCUGGGCUCCAAAAACAUCACAUAAAAAAAUCAAGAUAACAGUCAGUCAUUAGGGGUAAACAAUAAAGUAACACAUGGUAGUCCUACAAUUUAUUAACUAUAUUAAAAUCCUAUUAAAAAUACAAAAUAUUUUUUAAUUAUCUACGUUUAUAUCUAACUCAUUGGGAUUUUCUUAUAUCUGAAAGCGGAUUAGCCAAUGAAUCGAUUAUAGGCAUAAAAUGCAGAUUAAUUUACAAAAUGUCAGAUUAUACAUUGAUCACUACAACCCAUGAUUUAACUUGUUGCUUAACUACAUUUAUUAGCUAUUAUUUGGAGAAGUUUUUAUUAUCUAAACAAAAAGAAAAUGUGUGUGUAUAUAUAUAUAUAUAUAUAUAUAUAUAUAUAUAUAUAUAAAUAAACACACACAUAAGUGUUCCAAUUUUAAUGUUUGACAGUACCGGGUAGUGGACAAGUCUUUCUUUUAAUUUUUUUUAUAUAAAAAAAAAGAAAAUGUGUGUGUAUAUAUAUAUAUAUAUAUAUAUAUAUAUAUAUAUAUAUAUAUAUAUAAAUAAACACACACAUAAGUGUUCCAAUUUUAAUGUUUGACAGUACCGGGUAGUGGACAAGUCUUUCUUUUAGAUAAUCUUGUAUGCCACACUAAACAAUAAUUGGUGGUCUAAACAAGAGCACUAAUUUCAUUAAGGGAAAAAAAUGAUUAAGACACAUACACAAGGACAAGGCUUUAUUUUUUUGACCUGUACCUUUGCUUGAAGGGUUUUGGACCACUAUCAAAAUUGUCAUGUAGCAGAUAAACAAUAUUAAUUAAUAUUUCAUUAUUUUAACUUUGAUUUUAGGUCCUAUUCUGUGUUCUCUGGGUUUUUCUCUGUUCUGCAUCCCGUUUUAUGGUUUAUGGGUGAGUAAUAGUUACCACAAAACAAUGUGGCCAUAAAUCAUCGCAAUGUUUCUAAACACUCAGUGUCAGAAAUUAGUAUUAAAAUUCAUAGAUAAUUACAAAUAUUAUUUUGAUGUAAUUUUUUAAAAAGAAAUUUGUACCUUCAUUUAAAAAGCUAUUUACAUACAAUUGAAGUGUAAAAAUAUUUAAAUUUCUAAUUCACUUAUUUUAUUUCAAUUCUUUUCAGAAUUCUCUAUAGCUAUUCUUCUGAUUUUUCAAAUAAUUAGCAAUGGACUUUUUCUUCUCCGUUAUUUCUGGGACUAUCUUUUUGGAUCAGUUGUUGAUGUCACAGAGAAGCAAAUGCAUCUUUUGGCCAUUCCAUUUAAUGGUACUAAAAGAUAUGCUUUGUAAAUUAUCCCAACCUUACAAACAGUCUUGCCAAUAUAGAAAAAUAAAACAAAUUAAAAAAAAUCCCCAACCUUGAUUUAUGGCCAAACAAAAUUUUAAUAUGGACACAUUGUUGAAAAUAUGAAAUUUGAACUUAUUUAUAGUUUUUGUUGUGACAUUUUAAUCAUUGUUUAAUUAUCCUGCCUGUAAUCAAAAUCCUGUAAUUGUUAACCCUUUUUUCUGUAUAAUAGGGUAAUUUGUCUAGGUCCAUAUCAAAUUUUCUCUGACUUGAAAAGCUAAUUUUCUUACACUUAAACAAAUCAUAUGAGAUUAAUAUUUUACAAUUUUUUCCAUACAUUUAUGGAAGCUUAGAAACCCUGCUUACUUAGUGUUCUGUGUUUUACUUGUAUUUAAUAGGUAAAGCUAUUGUAGUAAAAAUAUGUUAUUCUUGUUUUCAUACUGCAAUAUUAUUAUUUAAUUCAAAUAAUUUAUUUUAAAAUUGAAUUAAUUUAAAUCAUAAUACUUGAUGCACGCAAUAAUCAGUUAUCUUUAAAUGUUUAUUCUAUUAAAUGACUUAAAAAGGUACCAAUAUUACCCAGUAAUUUCAUUUCAGAUAGAAACUUUCGCACUCCUCCAAGAUCUCAAGAGAAUAACACUUCCUCAGCAUCUCCUCUUAGUUUCAAUGAAUCGCCCAGCUACAACGUUGGUGACAUAUCCCCUCACAGAGUUGCAGCCAGCUUUACUUCAUCAUCACCCAGCAGAUACCAUUAUCCCUUGCAGCACUCAACAUCAGUUGUAUUGCCAUACAACUCUAUCUUGAGCUCAUCAUCUCUUAACAACAGUUAUAAUCUCAGCUUUAAUUCUUCAUUUGACAGGGUAAGCUAUUUUUUAAGGCUUUUUUAUAUUAUUGCAAUACAUUAUAUUUUCUAUUUUUAUUUAUAAAGCAUUACUGAAAUCAUUUCUAUUUCUAAAUUUUCAUUUUCAGUAAAGUUUGCACUGUAAAUAACCAAUUAAAGAAAAUAUUUAAUUAUCGAUUUUACAAUCUCCUAAUAAAAUAUUUAAAAGUUUUUGCGAUUGUAAGAAAAUAUUAAUAUCAAGGGCAGAAUCCCAUGCACUUAAUAUAAUGCCAACUGAUACGGUUCAUGCCAAUAAUUUUGAUAUUUUUUUUUAUCAGAGUCUUAACCUAUCAAGCAUUUCAAAUAAUUCUGGUAAUUACGAGAAUGACCAGAGUAGUACUAGGUCAAGAAGAUCUGCCUCUGUCCCAAUUAGUACAAGAUGUAAGCUUUUCCUUGCGACUUAAUUAUUUUAAUGUGGAUGUUGUAUCAAAAUUGAAGAAUGAAAAAAAUCUAUCAAAGCAUGAUGAUUGCUAUUAAACAGAGAGGACUGCAUAUGAAUAAUUAUGGUGCAUUUCCUUUCCCUUACUUCUUAUGACCUUUAAUAUUUGCCAUAUUUUUUUAUUUUGUGGAACCACCUAAUGUUAAGGUUUCUAUGCAGUAAACUAUUCAUAGAGGUGUAAGGUCUUAUCCAAUCUUUAGCCAAUAUCCUUGCUAACCUUACCUACCCAGUUCUCACUGUUUUAUAGCAAUCUUUUAUUUCCCUCUUAUCUAAUUUAAUUUACUUAUUUAUUUCUAAUAUUUUACGUUUCCUGUUGAUCUCAUAGGCAAGUUCUUUGAAUUCAUUGGUCACUUCCAUAAUUGCAUAUGUCUACAAUUUCCUUUAGACUACAUAUCUAUACCACGAACUAAAUCUGUUUGUCUCUGUCUUUAAAUAUCUUUGUUGUUGAAGGCUUUUUGUCCAAAACAUUCACCUCUCUGUUAUUGUCCUUCUUCAGGUUUUUCAUCUACCCUUUGUAUAUUUCUGUAUAAACUGUAGCUCAAUAUCAUUGUUUGUGAUAUAUAAUUAUUUAUUUUCAUUAAAAAAAUAUCCUGUUCAUCAGUGCUUCUCUUACAUUUACAAUAUGUAAUUUUUUUCUCAAGCUUCCAAAUAUAAACGGAUCACUGACUUAGAUACAUUGCAUCGCUACAUCAACGAAGAGGAAGAAAAAGAACAUAACAGAUCUCAAGGUAUAUUAAAUAAUAUGUAUUUUCAAUUCCUGUUAAUCUAUAUAUAUAAUUCGCCACCAAAGGUCAAACACCACCACUACGCUGGCUAUAUAUAGAUACUCCAGAGUGUAGUUAAAUAAUGAGUUAACUAGCGAGCAAAAUAUAAUUUCCGAUAACUACGCUACAUGAUAUAUAUAUAUUUUUAAUAACGCAAUUGCGUUUGGUGCGUAAUAUUUUCUUUUCGGAAAUGAAAUCGUCUCAAUUUAAGUAUUGUGUAAAAAAUGUUCGGUUUAAAAGUGGUUGGGACAUGAGAAUAUUAAUAUAGUUAAUGAGCAAUUCUGCUACCUCGUGGGUCGACUAGUAUUUCAAUAUUUGUUUAAUUAAUGAUAACUAAGCUUAUCAACCAUGAAAUGAAAACUGUUUUUGAGUCUCUGAGCUUUAUUAUUUAAACCAGUGGGAUCUUUUGAAUUAGAUGGCAUAAGUGCAAAUAAUGGUAGAACUGUUUUGCUUGGUAUAUAUUUAAAUGUAAAAUUACUUUCCCUUGGCUAAGUUUCCCCAGAAAAUGUAAGUUCCGUAAAUACAUCUUUCUGGAAUUAUGGAUCAAACCCACUGGAUUUCACUCACAUCCUUCGACGUUUUGCUUACCAGCUGUCUCCAAGAUCCCCGGCUGCACCAACACUCAAUAGUUCAAUUGAUCCAAUGAACAAUCAAGGAGUGGGCGAGGUAAUUUGAUGUUUGAUUUUAAGUGUUAUUAAAAAAAGUGUUAUAUUUGCUUUUUAUGCGUUUCAAGAUUUCACUCGUUGACCAUAGGCAACUACUAACUCAUUAGCACUAGCUUACUUAAUCAGUGUUCCUGAGCAACGGAAAGUUACAUAUUUUUUAAAUUGAACUAUAAGUUUAAUUAUUUUUUAAAGUUCCUAAAUAUUUAAGUUAAAACUUGGUACAUCCAGUAUGGAUAAUGUUUUCCAGAAAUACUAUUUAAAUGGCCUAGAAAAGAAGAGCAAUGACCAAAAAAAAAAUUUUUUUUGUUUACAUCAAAGCAAGACAUCACAAAGCUUAGAAAAACAAUACUAGCACUAAUAUAGAUUGAAAACAAGACUAGAUAAAAAAUUCAGGUUUUCCUUAUUGAAAUCGCACCAGUCUUGGAGAUGUGUGAUAUCAUUGCUAUUGUAAAAUACCAUUAUGGUGAGGAGUGAGCCAGGAAGGACACAUCUGGCGGAAUCCUGUAAUGUUGCAUGUCCCAACCAGUGGCAAUUAGUUAAAUAAAAAUUUAUAUCAUUAUGAAUUGUAUUUAUUUAAGGUAUGGAAAAAGUAUGGUGUUACAGAAGAUGAUCUUUACAUCUGGAUAGAAAAGCUUAGAAAGGUAAUUUAAAAAAAUGCUUAGUUGUGGCUAAACUGUUAAUUUAUUUUCUUUUGUAAGAUAUUUUAAUCAGUGAAAAAAUGUAAUUGCUAUGUUCUCCGUUAAGUGAAAAUAUCCUUGGACUACAAAUACUACACAUUGUAAUAUUUCAUUUUGUCUUUGACCUUAAUGAUGGAUUAUGCUUUUAAACUCUUAUUAAAAGUAUGGAUAGGAUAUUAUGAGUUAAUUGAUGUGGUAUGCCCCCCAAUCGGGAGAAGGUUUUUAAACAAAAUCUGAAAAGUAUAGCAUUGGAAAGAAACAUUGCUGUUUUCCUAUCAAACAUUUCUAUUGUUUUUUCAGUGGCUAAGUUUCACAAUAGUGUCACGCCUGAAUGCUGAGAUUGAAGAUGUUAAUACAGCUCUCCAGAAAAUAGGAUGUGAAGACACACAGAUUGGAGGUAUCUGAUCACUGGUAUUUUAUCACUGGGUAUAUUAUGAAUUUAAAAAUAAGUAAAUUAAAAAAGUUAUAACCAAUAACAAACAUUUUCAAUAACUUGAAAUUUCUGGUGAUUGAUAGAUAUGACUCAGUGUUGUUUUGUUAAAAUAGUAUUAGACUGCAAUAUAAAAUUGUGUAUUUUCUAUCACAAUUAUUUGCAGUCUUCAUGUGUUGCAUUUUUUAAAAUUCAAUUUAAAUUUUAAGCUAUAUGUUUAAAAAAAAAUCUAAAUUAAAUUUAAACUUAGUAGAGCAAUAAGAACAAAAAUAUUACUUUGUACUAUCUAUUAACCAUGCUUCUGACAUGGAAUAAUAUAAUAUGAUGCAGAAAUUUAAAUUAAAAUGGGUGUAGUAGUAUCAUUAGUCUAGUGAGACAACUACUUUGGAAAGGAGGUAAACAUUGGAUAAAAAACUUCAACCACCAGAAUUGGAAAACACCCAAAUUUGUGUGGGAUUUAAAAGUGGCUGUAUUUGUAGAAAUCGAUGUGGCCUUGCAAGUUAAGUUACCACUGCCAGAACGAAUUGACUGGGUUAAAAAGAAAGUUACUUGUUCAAAUAAUUUUAGUACCACAUACCUAGGAAGUGCAUGAUUAUUAUUAUAUUUUGUUUUAGCCUUACUUGUUAAAUAAAAUAAUUUUAAGUCUGCUGUCCUUUCAGAUGUUGGAGUUACCACACUAAAGCAACUGGCCCUUACAAAAGGAAACUACAUCCCAACAUUGAAUUCUGUUGUUCCUUACCUUGAAUUAUCAGCCAAUCAAGAUUAUUUAAGAAGCAGAAUCAGAGGUAAAGUUCUGUAAAACAUGUCCUCAUCAUUAAAACUAUAUGACAACACUGGAAAAAAAAAUCAGUUUAUAAGAAAAUUAUCUAUCUAAAAGAAUGUUGCCUCUGAUAUUAAAAUACAUAUUUGUUAUUGCUAAAAAUUAUAUAAAUAUUCUUUUUCAUAGAUCUCAGCACUGGGAGCAUGAGUGCCUACACAUGGAACAAAGGGGGUAACUAUGGCAAACAGUGGAGCGAACAUUUGCCUACUGAUGCAGCUGUGAGUUGUUUUUAAACUGGAUUAAUGCAGCAAUUUAUUGCUUUUUAAAAGUUUAUGUUCCUAUUAACUGUUUAUCAAGAGUAGAUAUAUAUUUAAAGUAUAGCAAUCAAUACUGCUUUAGAAGUGAUUAAUUUAUAGGUUUAAAAUGUUCAUCAUCUUCUUUUUCAAACCGUCAGAAAAUAUUUUGUAAUAUAUUCUUAAACAACUUACACUAUGUUGUUUUUUUUUUUUUAUUAGCUGGUGAUGCAUUUGUAUUGCUGCUACCUGGAUUCUCGUUUACCAGUUCAACCCAGAUAUCCAGAUGGCAAGUCUUUUACAUCUCAACACUUUGUCAAGACACCAGACAAACCAGGUUAAAUGAAUAAUGAUUCAGAUUUUUUAUUAGAAAUACUUUUCAUUGGUGGUGGCUUAAAGCACGUUUCUUAGAUUGAAUUAUAAUAAUAUAGAAUCCAAUAGUAUUGAAUGACAAAGAGGUCAUUUGAAUUUUUCUGUUUGAGAAAACAUAUAACAGUAAAUAUUUUAAAGAACCUGAGUAUUUUAAAAGAAGUUGUGAAAAAAAAUAGUAAAAGUAAAAUAUUAUAAUUGUAAAAAUUUCAUUUGAAAUGUCUUAACAAUAUUUGGACAUCAUUUAUUUUAUUCUGCUAUAGUUUAUUUAAAUGAAGAAUUAUGUACCAUGAAAGUAAUUGUUGGUCAUCAUAUAGUGUUGAAGACAAAAUUGUGUUUGUUCUGAUUUGGUUUUACUUUUGAGGGUUGAAAAGCACAUGUGAAUGAAUUUCUUUAAUUCCAGUUUUUGUAAGGUCUUACUUGGAUUAAUCAAAAUAUUUUGGAUUGCUAUCUUCUUCUAGUAAGUAUUUUUCAGAACUGUCAGGAUCCCUAGAUGAUUGAUUUCGUUCAUCAAAUUCUUUUACAUGUUCAUACAUCCUGAUCACACUCAAUUGAACACAAUUCCAUUUUCCAUUAGCAAUGUACACUUUAUUUCAGAAGCAAAUAUAUCAAUGAAACAAACACGCAUAAUGCAGCUUGCGAUAAAUAGAAAAAUAUAGUACAGCCUUCAUCCACGACAUUUUCACAUCAACUGCCAAACAAAUAGCAUGCACACAAUAGUCAGACUAUAGAAACGACGCCACGGCUACAAUAAAAUUAUGUCACAAAAGCGUUCGUUAACAAAAUGAAGCCACAAGACACACCACGUACGAUAAAAGACAAUAUUCAGUGCUCAACAAUUUUUAGUGAAAAUCCAUAUUGACAGGGACGCAAUAAACUUAUGGGCAUGAAAAAUUAUUUUCAAAUAACUCUACCUUGCCUCAAAUAAUAUUUUCUUACAGGUUUAGAUCAUAAAGAUAACCUUCAGAUCUACCAGAGCUGUGUGAAUCCUCCUCACUUCCAAGUAGUCAUUGGCUCUCAAAUCUACAAUUUAUCUAAGGUAUUAAUUGAAUUGAAGAAGAAAAAAAAUGUUACGUUACUGACUUCAAUAUUCCUUAUGUUCAGAUGUAUUAUUUUGCUUAAGAAAAUAUUUUGUAGGAUUUUAUACUGUUAUAUAUAACCAAAUUAAUUUGUACUGUUAUUAUUUAAGAAUUCAGAAUUACUUAAAAAUAGAAAGACCUCUGGUAUUAAAGAAAUGAAUGAAAAAUGCAUCUUUAAUAUAUCUCUGAACAUUGAGAAAGGAGGAAGUAAAGGAAUAUUUAUAUAGUGAAGGUGGUCAGAGUGAUAACUUAUGAAUGCAACAGAGAAAAAUCUUAAACUCUUGAUUCUAGUCAUUUACUUAUUUUAAAUGUCUGUUGUCUCCCUUAUUAUUUCAGAUGUUCUCCCCACUCAAUACUAAUUAUAUUAUUUAAAUUAUCCAUGCACUCCUCUUUCAGAUAAAAAAAAAAAGAGGCACGAAUAAAUUUGUAUUUGUGCCAUAAUUUCAUCAAUUUCAGGUCAAGUCACCUGAAAUACAUUAUGUGCUAUAUUAUUUUGUGUUUGUAUUUAUCAUAAAUAAUAAUUGGCCGUUGUUUUUUACAGGGAAGAAAUAACAUGUUCCAGGCCAUACUGCUUUUUAUGUACCAUAUUAAAGUGAAAGAAGGUGGCAUGUUAGGGUAAGCUGUCUUUUAGUAAUAUCUGCAGUUACUUUUCUUAAAAGUUUUGACUUCAAAAUGCAUGAAUAAACAAACGAUAAUCAAAUUAACUGACAAUUAUUCUGGAAGUAAUCAUUUCCCUUUUUUAAAAUUUGUUUUGAAGAGGAAAGUUAAAAAUAUUAGGAUUUGUUAUAAUUUUCAUUGAUUAUUUACUAACAUGAAACAGACUGGUAUAUGUAUUUAUUUUAUUAAAUAAUUUGUACAUCCUAUUUCAGACGAGUCAACUUGGGAAUGUCAGGCCUUAACAUGCUUUGGAUUUUUGACUGAGCUGAAGAAAACUGACAUUAAUGAUAGAUCAUUUCAGAAAAUGAUGGGAAAAUAUGUGUUCAUGUGAAUAUAUGUCAGAGUACGAAAGAAAGAUACAUAAGAACAUUAAAUAAUUUUCAUAUUUGGGACAAUGUAAUGUUAGAAGUGGUGUGGCCUAUGGCAAGAUAAUCCAUUAUGAAAUAAAGGAAUGUCCAUUUUAAUUCCCAAUUUUAUUCUUGGAAGCUAUAAACUGACAAGAGUUUUAUAAUUGAAACAACAGUUAUGAUAUAAACUGAAUAUGAAUUCAAUGCUCUAAACUACAUCAUUUUGUGUCAAUGAAUCAACUUAUUGGUUUAUUCCAACUUGGCCACUUACAUUGCUAAAUAUUUCAGUGUGAAUGAUUAGUCUUUAAGCUACUAAUGUUGUACAGCACACUAUUAUUUUUAAUGUUAAUCCAUUAGAGCCUAAUCAGCUUGUGUAAAUAGAUUAUUAUGCAGUCACUAAUGGAUACUUACGUUUUUAAUAUGUUAAAGUGAAACUGAAAAUAAAAUAUGCAUCUUGAAGUGGUGA